UUUCAAAUUCCAUCAUUCCAUCAUUUUUUUUUAGAAAGCUCAAGCUUGUUUAAACUGUCCAACUGUCCACUACAGCAACAUCAUCAGGUCACAUCAAUGGGUCAACUGUUCUACUUUUUGGCACAGCCUGACCAGGCCAAAACAUUAUUCUAUUCUUGACACGUAUGUCUAUGCCUACGCCUAGGCAGAUAGGCACAACUGCUCGCAUAUUUCAUUUUAAUUCCAAUAUUUAACUAGUGACCGGUAUUAGGCAAAUGCCAAUGUCGGAUUUACUACACGAUUCAUCAUCAACCUGCUCAACCUCCUGCCAGAAAGACGGCCCCUUCUCUUUCGGUAUGGAUCCCAAAACUCUAGCCUUCACGGCCAUCGCCGUCGCAUGUACCCCCUUUGCGAUACUCUUAUUCUGGAACUUUAUCGUUCCUCUUCUAUUCCGCAUAUUUUCCCGCACGAUUGGAUCGACAUUAGGCUGGUGUCUGAGAAAAGGAUCCGAAGGACGUCGCACCCUACUUGUUCGCACCACCACCGAAAACGAAACCAGAUUUAGAGAGAGGGAGAAUCUACAAAAGGAGGCUGCCUCUAACAGCGAGGACGAAGGUUGGGAGAAUGUUGAUGGCUCCAUAGCCGGAACCUCUAGAAACGGCGAAGUAGGUGAUCGCGAAUGGGACGGUAUCGUGGGAUUCUUCCAUCCCUUUUGCAAUGCAGGAGGCGGCGGUGAAAGAGUCUUGUGGGCUGCCGUGCGAGCUACCCAGAAGAGAUGGCCCAAUGCCAAAAUCGUGGUAUAUACAGGCGAUCACGAUGUGUCCAAGGAUAGCAUGCUUUCUCGCGUUAAGAAUACCUUCAGUAUCGACAUUCACCCUCCCACAAUUCACUUCAUCUAUCUAUCUACUCGACACUGGGUUCUUUCGUCUACUUGGCCGCAUAUGACUUUACUGGGACAAUCAUUGGGCUCUUUAAUCAUGGGAUGGGAAGCCUUAUCUCUUUUGGUACCUGAUAUUUUCGUGGACACCAUGGGGUACGCUUUUGUCCUUGGUCUCUGCAAGAUUCUAUUCCCGGAUAUGCCGACUGCUGCGUAUGUACAUUAUCCUACCAUUUCCACCGAUAUGCUCGAUUCUCUCGACCCUACAACAACAGUUGGAAGUCAAGGCGUCAAUGCUGGAAAGGGGGUCGGCACCAAGGGUUUCGCCAAGAAGCAAUACUGGAAACUGUUCGCCGCAAUCUACUCCUGGAUGGGUGCAUCAGUAGAUGUGGUCAUGACAAAUUCCACUUGGACUCAAGGACACAUCCAAUCUUUAUGGGGACCACGCCGAAAGCAAAGGGGCAGAGUGAAUCCUAUCGCGGUUGUAUACCCCCCGUGUGCCGUAAACGAGAUCGAACGACAAAUUGAGUUGUCAGAAGAAAGUGAGAAGCAGCGCCAGAAAUAUUUAGUGUAUAUCGCUCAGUUCCGACCCGAGAAGAACCACCAGCUCAUUCUACAGUCGUUCUCGGAAUUCGUCAAGACGGGCACUCCUUCGGCAAAGGAAGCAAAAUUAGUGCUUCUGGGUAGUGUAAGGGACGAUAACGAUUCGAGGCGCGUUUACAAACUUCGGUUGCUAGUCAACGAGCUACACAUCAAGGAGCAGGUAAUCUUUCAACUCGACGCCCCGUGGUCGGAGAUCCUCCAGUGGCUUGGCAAGGCUUUUGUGGGCGUGAAUGGCAUGUGGAACGAGCACUUCGGAAUUGGCGUUGUUGAAUAUCUCGCAGCGGGCCUGAUUUCCGUUGUCCAUAAUAGUGGUGGUCCAAAACUAGACAUCGUCACUGAGGUUGACGGUGAACCUACAGGUUUCCACGCGACAACUACAUCGGAAUUCGCUGAGGGCUUUGAAAAGGCUCUCUCGCACCCCGACCCGCUUACUGUGCGGCGCAGGGCUCGGCUUUCUUCCAAACGAUUCACAGAAGAGGAAUUCGUCAGAAGGUGGCUAGCCCAAAUUGAAAAGCUAGUCGCUAUGAAGCUGUGAAUUCAUUAAACACAUCCCUCUAUCGUAUCAUAUCACAUCCCCUAAGCCUCUCACCUCCACUACGUAGGCACUAGUAUUAUUGCCACUACCAAAUCCAUAUCAUAUCGAAAACCCCAUUCCCGCCAUCCCCCCCUGAACCUACUACCUAUUGCCUACCUACUACAUAGAUAUUCAUGAUAGACUUGCACAUCCGAUACCCCCAGGGCUUGUAACGGUGGGAGGCGGCACUCGGAUUUUUUUCAUCGUUGCGUUUCCUUUACUUUGCUUUGCGCUGUUGUGUGGUGGUAUGAUGAAACGAGAUGACAGUAUCGGGGAUAGAUGAACGAAUAAGGGUUAGGGGGGUUUCGAGGGGAAGGAUGGGAAUGAACGUGGAAAAUAGGGUGCUGGAGUAUACAUACAUAGGUGGCCGUAGUAGGUAGUCUAGGGGGGGGUUGCAAAUAUUAUUAUCAUUACUAGUAGUUGUACAUAUAUGCCUCUGUUUUUGACGAGUAGGUAGGUACGUAACAGGUCUCCAACGUAUUUUAUGGACGAGAUCCGCGGCUGGGUAUCCAUGUGAUAUCAGUGCGUUGAAUCUGGAAAUCGGCC